AUGUAUUGUUACAUGGAUGAGGAGACUUUGAGCUGCACGCGUAUUUACAAUGGUGUUGUGAUGCACUACGGCUGAGCUAUCUUGAUACAAGGAGGAACUCGUAAAGCCGAAGGACUUUCAUUCACAUUUCAUAGCAUUUUCCCCCCUUUCAACUCUUUCAACAUUCAGUCAAGUUUUAGGGGCGGGAGCAGACCCCUCCAUAUGGGAAUGCCUUGUUGGUAUUCAAAGUGCUGCCGACUGUGACUGCAAGUCAUUCACAUCAGAUGAGCAGGUUAGUUUGAACAGUACAAGAGCUUCAGCACAUCACUGACCGAACAUGAGACACAUUCUGCUGCUUCUUCUGCUGCUCAUCCUCAAAACCCGCAACAUUCACAUGGAUCGAAUUGAGAGGAACGAAGACUGUGCAUGGCGUUGUUCUGAGGGUCUACACUGUAAACCCAGAGCUUACUCUCCACUGUCAGUAUCUCACUGCAAGAAUCAACCUGUCAACAGCACUGUAUUCUCUAAUGUGACUCUGUCCACUGUAUUGGGAUGUGAGGAGAGGACAUGUUCACUGCAACUCAGGAUUGUAACUUCAGUGAAUAUUACCAGUGAGAUCCGUGGAGUUUCAGUGUGUUCCGACUCUGCAGGGAUGAUGGAACAUUGUCAGAUUUAUACAUUUGGCAAAUUUGCCCACAGAAACGAAAUAGGAAAACAGGUGGAUGUGCAGUUCAAGUGCAUCCCUGUCAGACCUGGACAGCGUUUGUUUGUAACUCUCAAAACUGUUCCAAACUACUGUAAGGCCAUGUGGAUACAAGAACACCUUGUUCCCGAAUGCAGUCAUGAAGGCAUCAGAAAUGAAAUAGCAGAGUGCAUCACUGGAAAAAUGGUGUAUACCAUAGAUCAAGUAAGGAGGGAGAUAACGGUGUCAGUGACUCAUGCUCCUGUGGACACAGACUAUACUCUCAGGCUCUGCCAUAAACGUCGUAUCAUUUGUGCAGGGGAAGGGGCACUCAAAAUGAUCAAACCACAAAAUGCACACAGAAACGUGUCUUUUCAGUAUUCCAAAGCCCUACCCUGUUUGUGUAUUGAGGGCUGGCCGGCCAGAGUUGAUGCACGGAGAGUUCAAGUGUGUCCAUUCAGAAAUAAUUUGGAGGAGUUGUGGUCUGGGAUAACCUAUGACCCAUACAAGGAAGAAUUGAAAUGGGAGCCUUUAUGUCCUGUCAAAGUGUCGGUUUCUCUUUGCCAUGCUGAUGAAGGGAAUAGCUGCCGGGACCUUGGAAAUGUUUUCUAUUCCGAGGGACAAAAAGUGAUAUUCUCUUCUGUGGAUCCACACCCUGUGCUUUGCAUGAAGUUUACCACAGAUGUCGAGACAUGGAUUAAGUGUCCUUUUGCCAAAGGGAAUUUCUCAGUUUGGAAGGUGAAGAUGGCAUCCAGGGACGGUCAGCACUGGGCAGAGAUAUCAUCAUGGGUCAAAGCCAACUUUUCUGUUGCCCUCUGUGAAACAAAAUCAUUCACUGAGUGCAAACGAAUGGAGAGAAACAUAUCGCAAACCAUAUCUGUGGACAGCAUGAAGCACACAGUUUUCAACUUGUCUACAAGUGCGUGCGACGUGUGUGUUUGCAUUCAGGUCCAGAGGGUGGAUGUUCAGUUUUCAGUCCCUGUUAUUCAGUGUAACUUGCAGUGUUCAAAUUGGUGCAGUGACCCAAAAAUAAGUUACAUUCAGGAAAUGGAGAAAAUCAUCAUGCCUGCUGUCGUAUUUCUGACAGUGAUCUUGGCAGCUGCCUUAGUUGGCAAAAUGACGAUAAGAGAUGCAGGCAAGAGAAGAACAGUGUGGACAAAACUUGCGUGUCGGGGACAGUAGAGACAGUGACAUACUGCAAGCGAGGAUGUGGAUUGUGGGACAGUUCUCAAUGCAUGUCUCUAGGAUUUUUGACUAUAAUAUAAGGAUCGAAGCUUCAGUAUGACAGCAUAAUUCUUACAUCUUGUCUGAUGCAUGCAUGAAUGCUGUAAAGAUGAGAAAUGUAUAUAAUUACAUUUGCUAUGUCUUUUUUGGACAUUUACUGUAUAAUUAACAGCUGCUGACAGUGUGUAUAAUACACAAGAAUAUUCUUAUGCCAAACAAAACAUUUUGCACAUAAUUUUUAAAGGUGUUAUGAUUCUCUGUUGUUUACCUUGUGUUUUGCACCUGCCAUCUGUUUCCCAUGGACUACACUUCCCAUAAUUCCCUGUCCUUAUCACUGCCAGCUGUCUUUCAUUGCUCAUUAUCCAUUGUGUAUUUAAUACCCUGUUGUUUGCCUAGACUUUGUCAGUUGUUAUGUGUUUUGACCUCCUGUGUAAGACCUAUGCCCAUCGUGAAUGUUUUUUUGUGUCUGUGUUUUUCCACCGUGGAUGUUUUCUUUGUUCCUGUGUUUACCCCGUUACGUCAUACUUUGCUUAUUUAAUAAAACUCUGUUUAGCCACACCUAGCUCUUUGGACUUCCUUCAAAUUGUUACAGAACAACUGACUGCAAAAUGGAUUUAGCGGCUUACUUCGCAGAACUAAGCCUUGCAGACUUAUCUAUAAGGGAGUUUUCCCACUUCUUCUCCACCGUUGCCGUCUACAUUUGAUUUGAUGAUGCCACUCUAAAGUCCAUAUACCAGAUUGGACUCACAACACGCCAGUGGAGGGAAUUGUCUGGAGUCUGGAGAUUGCACAUGGGAGGAAUAUGUGAGGCUAAUACUCGCUUCAGAGGAUCCUCCUCUCUCUAUCCCGGUUCCAGCUUCCGAGUCUGCCAUGUCUGAGUCAGCUCCAUGCCAUGUCACAGUCCAGCAUUCCACAGCCCCUUGCUGCAAGCUUUCUGUGGUUGAAUUAUCCACCACUGAUAUAGGAACAUGAAGACCUUUCCCCACAAUUUGAAAGUGCCCUUGCCUGCCACGGCCAACGAGCCAACGCCCACAUCUGCCAUGGCCAACAAGCUGGAAGCCUUGUCCAUCCCAGAGCCAGCGUCCGAGACUCUACUCGUAUUCGUGACCACUGAGGUCAUUUCCCAGUUAUCCUGGACUCUUAGUCUCGAGCCUGCCAUGGCUUCGCCUUCCACAGCUUCACCCCUCGAGCCUCCCAUGGCUCCACCUGCCACAGCUUCACCCUUCGAGCCUCCUAUGGCUCCAGUCUCUUGUCUGUGGUUACCACUCAGGCCUCCUGUCCCUAUUUCAGCUCUGUGGCCGUUAACUAGGCCUCUUGAUCCAGUCCUUAUCCUGAUAUCCCCUAGUCUCAUGGCCAUCCACAUUAACUGCUCUGGUCUUCAGUGUCUCCUGAACAUCUGCCUGAUAUACUCUGGCCUUCAGGGUCUCCGGGCCAACCACUUGAUCUGCUCUGGUCUUCUGGGUCUCUUGGCCAUCCGCCUGAUCUGCUCUGGCUUCCCUGGUCUCAUGGCUGUCUGCCUGAUCUGCUCUGGUCUACUGGGUCUCCGGACCAACUGCCUGAUCUGCUCUGGUCUACUGGGUCUCCAGACCAACUGCCUGAUCUGCUCUAGUCUACUGGGUCUCCGGACCAACUGCCUGAUCUGCUCUGGUCUACUGGGUCUCCGGACCAACUGCCUGAUCUGCUCUGGUCUACUGGGUCUCCGGACCAACUGCCUGAUCUGCUCUGGUCUACUGGGUCUCCGGACCAACUGCCUGAUCUGCUCUGGUCUACUGGUUCUCCGGACCAACUGCCUGAUCUGCUCUGGUCUCCCUGGUCUCAUAGCCGUCCGCCUGAUCUGCUUUGGUCUCCUGACCAUCCGCCUGAUCUGCUCUGGUCUUCUGAGUCAAAAUUUUGAGAUUUAAAAAAA